AUGAAAAAGGCCUUCGUUUUGGCAGCAUUAGCUGUUGGCGCCCGGGCAAGUCCUGGUUCUGAAGAUUCUGACCAUUGGGUCCUUUCCACAAUGCAGUUUAUUGCAAAUCGUUAUCAAAAUUCCCCCUACGUGGCGAAUGGAUAUUUUGGCCAGCGACUACCGGCUGAAGGGGUUGGAUAUUGGACAUAUCAAGAUAAUUCUACUGGCAGCUAUGUGCUAAAUUCGUGGCCGCUGGAUCAACCAAGAGCCACAUUCGGAACUAUUUCUGGAUUUUGGGACGUUCAGCAAAAUAUCACGCACACCCUCGUCCCAGACAAUCUGAAACGAGGAGGAGAAUCCGUUAUCAGCGGUAUUCCUGAUUGGACUGGUCUUACAGUUACAACACAGAACGGCCAGACUUAUGAACCGGGAGUCGAUCCUUCUACUGUUACCUCUUUUCAUCAGUCAUUUUCAGUCCGAAAUGGAAUUGUUCAAACCAACAUUACGUGGAAUCCUCCGGGAGAUAGCACUAACUACCAGCUGAACUACACCGUCCUUGCGCACCGAGCUCGGCUCAACUUGGGGAUCGUUCGUUUAGAUCUCUCAGUCAGCCAGGAUUCGAAGCUAAAGAUAACUGAUCUUUUAGACGGGGCGGGCGCUGUACGGGCCGAUUUUCAUGACAAAUUGUUCGACGAAGACGCUACGAUUUGGACGAGCGUGAAACCAUCGGGAAUCGACUAUUGCACAGCAUAUGUUGUCUCCACAGUCAAAUUCGAAAGUGCCAAUGCUAAUCCUAUAAACGUGCAGCGCGGAUAUAGUACGAGGCAUAAUGGUGAGGGGUAUCCUUGGGUCUCCACAAACUCGAGCACCGUGGCGAGCACUUGGGACUGGGAUCUUACGCGGGGGGAUACCUUGACCGUGUACAAAUUUGUAGGCAUUGGUUCCACAGCAGCUUUUCCGGUUGACACGCUGCUACAUACGAAGAAUGUGGCGAUCUCGGCAAGAUCUGCUGAGUGGCAUGGUCUAAUAUCCGAGCACACAAAGAAAUGGGACGCGGUCUGGAACGAUGGGGACAUCUUGAUUAGAGGCAACGAAGACUUGCAGAUCCGCACACGAGCAUCAUUAUUCCACAUUCUCGCCGGCCUUCUUCCCGAGGACUCUGGGUUCUCUAAUUCAAUUUCCGUGGGUGGUCUUUCUAGCGAUUCUUACGCUGGAUUAGUCUUUUGGGAUGCAGAUACGUGGGUGUAUCCUUCGAUACUCUCUCUUUACCCACAGUAUGCCGCGAGCAUCAAUAAUUACCGGACGCUGCUUCUGGACCAAGCUGUUCAAAAUGCGCAGCAUUAUAACUUUUCCGGAGCACUCUACCCGUGGACCAGUGGCCGAUUUGGUAACUGUACAGGCACUGGGGUGUGCAAGGGCUAUCAGUACCACAUCAACUCUGACAUCGCAUUAGCCCAUUGGCAGUAUUUUCAGCAAACAAAUGACCUGAACUGGCUUGCUAAGCAAGGAUGGCCCGUCAUAAAAAAAGUUGCCGACAUGUUUGCAGCGUAUGUAUUCCACAAUACUUCUACUGGAAAAUAUGAAACCAUUCAAUUGGGAGAGCCGGACGAGUUUGCAUAUAAUAUUAACAAUGGCGCAUUCACCGGGGUAUCCAUCAAGCAGCUACUGGGCAACUGGGCGCCAUCAGCUGCUAGCCGUUUAAAUCUGCAAGUCCCUCAAAAUUGGUCUCAUAUUGCGGAGAACAUUUACAUUCCGUAUGACGAGGAAGAAAAAAUUAUUAUCGAGUUUUCUGGUAUGGAUGGCUCAUGGCGGGUCAAGCAAGCCAGCGUGGGCUUGAUCAACUACCCACUGCAAUUUCAGCUGAGUGAUACACAAGCGCGAAAUGACGUUGCAUAUUAUUCUUCAGUUAACACAGCAGAUGGCCCAGCGAUGACAUGGUCCAUCUAUGCCAUCUCUGAAGCUCAGCUGCAACAGAAGGGAUGUGCCUCGUAUACCUUCAUGCAGCGCUCAUCGGAAUCAUAUAUCCGCCAACCCUUCUACCAGUUCAGCGAGACAAUGCUGGAUUCAGAGCCUGAAGGAGUUGAUAACCCUGCCUUUAUCUUUGGACUCAACCCAGCGUUUCCCUUUCUUACUGGGGCUGGUGGUUACUUGCAAUAUUUUACUCAUGGUCUUACUGGGAUGCGCCCAAACGCAGAAGCAUUUUAUCUUGACCCAAUUCUGCCACCUCAGCUUCCAGGCGGAAUCGAAGUCAAGGGCAUGAAAUGGCAGAAUGCAUCGUUUGAUGUGACGAUUGAGAUGGAAACAACUACGAUCACUCGACGAAACACAUCCACAGAUGCGGAAAAAUAUGUAAACUUACGCAUACUUGGUGGGAAUACGGAUGUAAAAGCAUACCGACUGGCUGUAGGGGAGUCGAUUGUCGUCCCAACAAGACGGCCUGAUAUAAGCUAUGCAAAAGAGGAUCUGGCGUUGUGUCAGCCAGUUGCCUCUGAUUCCGACUGGGCUGCUGGAAAUUAUCCGUAUGCAAUCGUUGAUGGAGCCAAUUCGACCGUGUGGCAACCAGCUAGCUCUCAACUGGCAUCAAUUACUGUUGAGCUGCAAGGUAACAAACCACGCGAUGUUUCAAAAGUUAUCCUCAACUGGGGUGGUGUGCCACCUUCUAGUUUUAGCCUACUUGGGAGCAAAGAGGCGACAGAGAAUUUUCAAGAGCUGCACCCCACGCAAAAGGUGGAGAUAUCAGCACCAUACGAUCCCCAGGAAGCACGAGCCAUUCAAAUACGGGAAGGGAACAUAACCGUUGUGGAGCUUCAUAAACUAGCACAAGUUCGAUUCUUGAGACUGUCAAUUGAGGGAUCUUACGCCGCAGAUGGCCUUGGAGCAACCGUGGCCGAGAUGCAAGUUGUUGGCAUCGAACCCGCAAACAGCUACUGUGGGAAGAAUAUGGGAACUGAGUUUUCCUUUCCUGUUGAUGCACUAUAA